CCACCCCCACGCCCUCCCUCUCACGCACACAUAGAUUCCUUCAGAAGCAUUACUCUUCAAAUUCACAAAAUUCCAUCCUUGAAAUUUGUUAGUUUUCACGCAAAAUUCGUUCUCCAAAAUCUCUUUAUCUCUCAAUAACUUACAUAAAACUUGAUAUUUCUCUCAAGACUGCACAACGAUGGAUGCGGUGGUUGCAGACACCUCAGCAAUGGCAGAACACACUAAAUAUAGAAAGCCCAGAAACCAAAACCACCUCCCCUCCUCCUCCACCAUCACCGCCGCCGCCAAGAAAAAGAUCUUCACCGCAGCAACAUUCAGAGGACUGGGCUGCACUUCCUCCUCAACGGUGUCAGUUCCUGCAGUGAUAAGAACCUCGGCUAAUUGGAAUGCUAACAAGGUGAAAAGGAUAAAGGUGAAGAACAAGAAAAUCCACAAUAAUGAUAACAACAAAUUACAGACUAAUAGUUCUCCUGCUGUUAUUGCUACGAAUAACAUAAAAAAUAACAAUAGCCCAACAUCAAAUCCAUCACAGCCGUUGGCUUUAUCAUCAAAUUGCGGGGGAGUACCUGAUGUACUGUGUGGUCCUGGGAUUGGGCUCAACGGCGUUGCUGCGCCUGUGAAUUGUGUUGUUUCAAAAAGACCUGCAGUUUCUUCCAGAAGCAAAGCUGAUGGGGCUGAUAGAAUUAUUCAUAGUCAGAGAGAGAAUUCUUCAUAUAAUAUGAGGAGAAUGGUGACCUCUGAAGAUAUCCCUUUCCAUGAUCCUGGCAUUGCCUUGGGAAUGACACGCUCUAGGGCGGGCGUUUCAGGAUCUAGAUAUUGUCGCCAUCUCAGACAUGGUUUCCAUGAUGAACUUGCAGAGAUUGUAAUGCUCCAAAGUAAUCUGCUGAUGGGAGGAAGAUCGGAACGACCCGAUAAAUACAGGGAUUGGAGACUCGAUGUCGAUAACAUGUCAUAUGAGGAAUUACUGGAACUUGGUGACAGAAUUGGGCAUGUCAGCACCGGACUGAGUGAGGAUGAGAUAUCCUGCUGUUUGAGGAGGACUAAGGUUCCAAUGUUGGAUAAUUUGUCAUCAAAAUUCCCCACAGCAACAGAAAGGAAAUGCAGCAUAUGUCAGGAGGAAUAUGAAACUGAUGAUGAAACCGGGAAGCUGAAUUGUGGACACUUCUAUCACAUUCACUGCAUAAAGCAGUGGCUUGUGCAGAAAAAUAUUUGCCCUAUAUGCAAAAAACCAGCUAAGCCUCAAACCUAAAUCAUACAACACUUGCAUUUCUCAUAUAUCAUUCUGCUUUUUAAUUUUUAUUCUAAUGAGGAUUUCAUCAUCCUUUAUAGUAAAGUAAUUCUUUGAUUUUGCAUUUCAAUAUGUAAUUUUGCUUAAUCAAACCGUCCCGGUUCUUGGUUGGCUGCUGAGUUGUGGAUUGAAAGGUUUCCGGUUGAGAUCAUUAUAAGCUGAUUAUAAUUUCAAUAAUCAAAGAUCUUGCUUUUUUAUAUCUA